ACAGCAUUUGAAUAUUUUAUUUAAACUGUCGUAAAGCGGCCUUUUGUUGGGACCCAAACUUCAAUAAGGAAAUUAACGAGUAAUUUGGCUAAGUUUCGGUUUGAUAGACAUGUGAUAAUUAGGUAUUCUGUAUUUAAUCGGCAUCGACAGGCGGCCUCUUGUAAUGUCAACACUGCUCUACAAGCCUACAAUUCAAAGGCUCACUAGAAGCGGCUCCAGACAAAAGAAGUUUUUGAAGUCAGUCGGUCUGUUUUACAAGCGCUAUUUAGUUCGAUAGUUAAAAUACACACGUUCGCAGACCCUUCAAAAGCUACCCAGCUGCUAAGAAGACUACACUCUAGAAGAAAAAUCCACUAGUGCAUUUAACGAUCCGGGUAAGAGAAUUCUGUUCCUCUCAACAUUAUACUCCAGGAUGCCAAGACCUUUGAGGAACAGUUACGGUAGUGCUAAGCCUCCUUACUCUUACAUCUCGCUCACUGCAAUGGCUAUACAAAGUUCUCCACAGAAGAUGCUGUCCUUAUGUGAGAUCUAUCAGUUCAUUAUGGAUCAUUUUCCAUUUUACAGAGAAAACACCCAAAGAUGGCAAAACUCUUUGCGCCAUAACUUAUCGUUCAACGAUUGUUUUGUGAAGAUCCCUCGCCGUCCCGAUCAGCCAGGCAAGGGAAGCCUUUGGGCUCUACACCCGGACUGUGGGACAAUGUUCGAAAAUGGUAGUUUCUUAAGACGCAGAAAACGCUUCAGAUCACAGCGAGAAAGGACACAUAAACUAGCAAGAAUGAUCUCUGCAGUUACAAGAGACGAGGACGAUUCAACCAUCAAAGACAGCAGCAAGUCGCCAGUGACUUCGUCUACAAGUGCGUCAACUUUUAAACACCCGUUUGCUAUUGAAAACUUAAUUGGAAUUGAUAGAGAGACUGUUCCAUCAUGCGGUACUGCAACAGCAGCACCUAUUGCUUCCUUACCUACUUGUCCUACAUGCAUCAAUACUCCAAACGCCAAUGUACUAUCGAAUUAUCAAAACAACUUAUGGACUCCUGUUCCAAAAUACUGCAACAAACCUUGUUCACACCACCAAACUGAUCGCAUCAAGGAACUUGAUUGUAUUAUCAGUCCCUUCGCCGGCUACUCUAGGUUCACUCCUGAGUUGGCUUGUUUUGGGGAGAUGAUUCCUUUCUGUUCUCAAGUCAGUUCUAACGGGUUUGCGUCUCCCAUGUUUCCAUAACACGAUGCUGCACAUAGAUAUAGAACCAUGUUGUGAAAUUUGGGAAAUCGCGUGAUGAACACACUAUAAUGUCGUCAAUCAGGACAGCCUAUAAGUCCUAAUUCUCGCCUCAUUUGUGGUAUAAGAAGGCGCGAAAACUACUCCAAAUGAACAUGUAUUUCCACACCUCAAAUGUCUUGGAAUGAUGGUGUAUUCGAACGAUUAACAACCAAUUUCUUCUCAUUAUUCCAUGCCAAGGUAAUUGCCAUGGAAUUGAUUUCUGUUGAACUAAUAGCCCAGAGAUUUGUUCUUGAAACAUUUGGUGGGGAAAAUCUCAUCCCGAUGUAAAUAGUUUAUUUUCUGUUCAUGUUCCAUAACUUGAUGUCUGUAUUACCCAAACAACCUGAAGUAUUGGGUUUAGGACAAUCACAAACUCAUUGUAAAUAUAAUGUCAAAGAACUAUCCAUGACUUUAUAUAGCUGACUGCACGUCUGUUAUAUACCCAGCAGUUUACAUAAAGAUCAAACAUUAACAGUCCCCUAAAAUACAGUGUUCCACAAAUUUAUCAAACACUGUUAUAUACAGAGAUACUUAUCAAAUUGUAUAUCUCAACUCAAAGUUUAUUUUUAAAAAUAUAGAAACAUUUAUGCAGUGAGGCGUUAUAAGAGUCUACUGGUGAUAGUUAGAAGUCGCGGUGAACCUUGUUGCCGACUCAUGAGUAUCACCGGUAUUACGGGAUUCGACUGCUUUUUCAAACGUUAUAUUUAGGGGAUUUAAGAAGUAUAUAUAGAGUUCUCAAAGCUGAGAGCUUGUAUGGGUUUUAAGAUCAUCAUUGUUGAUUCAGCGCGUCAGUAUUUGGAUAGUGUUUGGCUUAGUGCUCGAUGGUGCAGUAAGUGUUGGUUUUUGAAAUGAGAACAGAUGAAUAUAACCUUGAGGGAACGUUGUAUUAAAUAUCAUUGAAAGCA